GGUCGAGGGACCGCGAACGCAGAGCCCUAAUUUGCUUUAAAGAAGUUUCUUCUUCUUCUUCUUCUUCUUCUUCACUAGGAGCUGGAUUUGGUUGGGUCAAUUAGGGUUCACUGAAGCACAGGACGAUGGCCUCGUUUGCGUCGUUAAAAUCUGCAAUCUUCGACAGAGAAGAGCGAAAACAGCAGUACCAGGAUCACAUUCGCGGCCUCAACGCUUACGAACGCCAUAAAAAGUUCGUCAAAGAUUACGUUAGCUAUUAUGGUAGAGAAGGAUCUUCACACGUGAAGUUGCCUGUCAAAACUGAUCAAGACACCCUAAGAGAAGGGUACCGGUUUAUAAGAUCUGAGGAAGAUGACAUGGACACAUCCUGGGAGCAGAGGCUGGUGAAGCGAUACUAUGACAAGCUGUUUAAAGAAUAUUGCAUAGCUGAUAUGUCACAUUACAAGAGUGGUAAGAUUGGUCUGAGGUGGAGGACAGAAAAGGAAGUUGUAUCCGGUAAAGGGCAGUUCAUAUGUGGUAGCAAACAUUGCGAUCUAAAAGAUGGCUUAGCCAGCUACGAGGUGAACUUCUCUUAUUAUGAAGCUGGAGAAAACAAACAAGCGCUGGUCAAAUUGGUAACUUGUGAGAGAUGUUCGGAAAAGCUUCAUUACAAACGACGGAAAGAGAAGGAACACAUGGAAAAAGAAAAGAAUGAAGAUAAGAGAAGAAAGAGGAACCGGUCAAGGGAUAGUGAUGACACUGAUGAUGAGGGAAGCAAGGAGAGGAGAAAAGGGAAAAAGGCUUCACUUUCCACUAGUGAACAGAGAGUCAAUGAUGAAGAUGAUGAUGAAAACUUUGACGAGUAUCUUGAGGGAAUGUUUCCUUGAUGGAAACAAAUUAAGGGAUGUCAUGUUUGUGAUUGACAACUCUAUCUCCCACAAAUUGCCAAAACCAUUAAACAUGGUGGAAAGAUGGAAGGUUUUGAGUUGUAAAGAUGUGCCAAGCUUCUGUGUAUAUUUCUAUCAGUGACAGAAGGCAAAGUCAAAUCCAUCACCGGAGGAGUCGGGUUAUAUCCUAUUUCACAUUGAUUGCGUGCACUUCAGUAUGAAAGGGACUAUGAAACGCUGAAAUUGUUUUGCCUUUGUUUCGUGAGGCAGAUACAUUUUCCAACUAGAAAAGCCACAGAAACAGUAGAACAGCUGUGGUAGGCCUUGACAUUAUGUUCUUGUUUGUAGGUGUGACUACAAAGUUGAUUGGUGUAUUUAGGUUACUAAUGAUAAGCAAAGAUGGGGGUCUUUUUCAAGCAAUGCAAUGCAAUGUCCUAUUCUCUAUUC